UCCCAGGUCCUUCCGUUAGAGACUACCAGAUCUGGACUGCAAAUGAGCACUGUGUGUGUCAGCAGUGCUGAUGAGCGCUUUGAUGCUACCUUCCAUACAAACGUUUUGGUCAACUCUUCAGGAUACUGUCAGUAUCUCCCUCCAGGGAUUUUCAAGAGCUCAUGCUCCAUUGAUGUCCGCUGGUUUCCUUUUGAUGUCCAGAAGUGUAAAUUGAAGUUUGGAUCAUGGACUUAUGGAGGCUGGUCUCUUGAUCUGCAAAUGCAAGAAGCAGAAAUCUCUGGAUACAUUUCGAAUGGAGAAUGGGAUUUAGUUGGAGUUCCUGGCAAGAGGACCGAAUCCUUCUAUGACUGUUGCAAAGAACCAUAUCCAGAUGUGACCUUUACAGUCACAAUGCGACGGAGAACGUUGUAUUACGGACUUAAUCUCCUCAUCCCUUGCGUCCUGAUCUCAGCUCUCGCCCUUCUGGUUUUUCUGCUUCCAGCUGACUCUGGAGAGAAAAUUUCGCUUGGAAUAACUGUUUUGUUGUCCCUCACUGUUUUUAUGCUCCUGGUGGCAGAAAUCAUGCCAGCAACAUCGGAUUCUGUGCCAUUAAUUGCCCAGUAUUUUGCCAGCACCAUGAUUAUUGUCGGGCUUUCGGUGGUUGUAACAGUCAUUGUCCUACAAUACCAUCACCAUGAUCCCGAAGGUGGCAAAAUGCCCAAAUGGACCAGAAUUAUUCUUCUCAACUGGUGUGCCUGGUUUCUGAGGAUGAAAAGGCCUGGAGAAGGCAGAGUGCGCCCGGCUUGCCAGCACAAACAACGGCGCUGUAGCAUGUCAAGUGUGGAGAUAAAUACAGUCAGUGGUCAGCAAUCCAGUAAUGGGAAUAUGCUAUAUAUUGGGUUCAGAGGCCUGGAAGGUGUCCACUGCACCCCAACCACUGAUUCUGGGGUGAUCUGUGGAAGAAUGACUUGUUCCCCCACAGAUGAUGACAACCUCCUUCACAAUGGCCACCCUUCUGAAACUGACUCGGAUCUAGCAAAGAUCCUCGAGGAGAUCCGAUACAUUGCCAACAGAUUCAGAGACCAGGAUGAGGCUCAGGCUAUUUGCAAUGAGUGGAAGUUUGCCGCAUCUGUUGUGGACCGCCUCUGCUUGAUGGCGUUCUCGGUCUUCACCAUCAUCUGCACCAUUGGCAUUCUGAUGUCGGCACCCAAUUUUGUGGAGGCUGUUUCAAAAGAUUUUGCUUGACCUGCACUUGGGGACUGUCCCCAACCCCAAAGUUGGCCAUUUCUCAAAAUCUGUUAUGUAGCAAUAAUGUAUUCAGGGCACUUGAUUAUAUUGGAUAUGUGGAUGCAAACUUUGUUUUUUUGGGGGGGGGGAGUGAUGGUGAAGGUUCAGGCUAAAAAAGACAGUCUCAUUAUUAAGAACCUCAGUGAGGUAUCAUAAGUGCUCCUCCAUCACGACCUGACCUCACCAGCUUUGGUGUCCUGA